UCAAGCUUUCCCUGCAUAGUCAUCAAUGUCUGAAGAAGUCACUUAUGCAGAUCUAAAAUUCCAGGACUCUGGUAAGAAAGAAAAUACCCAGGAGUUUGGCAACUUUGGGAUAAAAGUACCUCCUGCUCCUCCCCACACGUGGCGUCAAAGAGCCUUGGUUCUAACUCUUCUCUGUGUUCUGCUGCUGAUUGGACUGGGAGUCUUAGGAGGCAUACUCGUGGAAAAGUUGAAUAAACUACAAAAUUUCAAUGAAGAACUUCAGAGAAAUGUUUCUCUACAAGUAAUACAUGACAUGAACAGUGCCAAGAAGAUCGGGAACCUCUCGAUCACACUGCAAGAAAUAGCCACCAAAUUGUGUCAUCAGCUAUCUAUAGAAAAACCAGAGCACAAAUGUAAACCUUGUCCAAAGAACUGGAUGUGGCAUGAGGACAGCUGCUACAUAGUAAUUAAACUUCCUGAAACUUGGCAAAAGAGUGACAUGUUAUGUUCUGCCCAAAAUGCCAGCUUGUUGAAGAUUAAAAACAAAAGUGUGUUGGAAUUUAUAAAAUCUAGGAAAAUAUAUGCAUCUUGGCUGGGAUUAUCUCCCAGAAAAACUCACACAGUCAGCAGGAAACUGGAUGAGACAAUUAUCUCCUCUGACUGGUUUACAAGAAAUACAAAUGACUUAAAUGAUAGCAUGUAUUGUGGAUACUUAUAUAAUAACCGUGUUAAUUAUGCUGACUGCACUGAGACAAAAAGAAUUAUAUGUGAGAAAUUGGCUGAUCCAAUGAAGAUUGAGGAUAUACUAACAAGUGAAGAACCAGCUGGAAGAAUGUAGUUAGUGCAAUUAUUUUGCCUCAGC